GGUAAGACCACGCCGGCCGCCCUCCUCGACACCUGCCACAUAUACCACAACACUCACACCGGGGAAUGUAUCCACCCACUUGUUGUGAUACACUGUUCAGACUCGUCCAGGGAGUGAUGUGACCUUACAAGUGGUGGCGUUUUGUCUUGUCGAAACCAGAAAGAUUGUGAGAUUAACAUGUGAAUAUGCAUUUGGGUUAUUCAUAUUGACGGACUUGGUUGUGUAUGAAGGAACACCUUACAUUUUGAUAACUGUAACUAAAAAAUCAUCUUCAACGAGAUAAUAUAAUGUGUUAAUGUGUAGUUAAUGUGAAAAAUUUGUAAAAAAUAAAAAAAAUACGUCGUGAUCAGUCGUAUGCUAACUCCCAUUGUUAAAGAACUUAGAUUAACAGAAAGUUUUUACGUCCUAUAUCUUUAUUCAGAUGAAAGUGUCAUGACAACCCUGUGAGAGCCUGAGCAUGGCACACGUCUUUGUCUGCACACCGCAUGACUAGAGGCUGGUCGCUGCCCCCACCACCACCAACCCGACAUGUCCAGGAGGAAGCAAGCCAAACCCCGCGCUUUAAAACGUGAGGAGUGGGAGGAGGGAGAGGAGGAAGAGGAGGAGGAGAGCGAGGAGAGGGAAGUAGGGGAAGAGGAAGGAGUUACUCUCACCUCUUCCACGGUAGCUACAUCAGAGACUUACACCAACGGGCUGGCAGAGGAGGAGGAAGGCAAGAGACCUCGCGCCACCCACCACCACCACCACCACCCUAGCAUGGAGGUGGAGGGCGAGCAGUCCUCCUCCACUAGCACCAACAAGGAGCAUCACCAUCACGGGGGGAGUAAGAGAACCCACCACCAUCUCUCCAACACCAGUGAGCGCCACUCCAACACUGGGAAUAAGGUGGCCUCCAACAGUGAUUCCCCCCAUCACCACAACUCUCUCCUCUCCAACACUCUCCCUCUUUCACAGCUCCCAGACCUUCGUAAACCAAGAGAUCGAUCAGACGACGAGGAGAGUGAAGGAUCCCUUGACUCAGGUAAGCUCACUAUGGUACCACAUCAAACAUUAGUGGCACCCGAGAGACAAGGGCACCCAGGAGACGAUGACACCCAGGAAACGGUGGCACCCGAGAGACAAGGGCACCCAGGAGACGAUGACACCCAGGAAACGGUGGCACCCAUACCCGAAGCUCUCCUGGGAAGCAGAGUUACCGUCGACAAGGAUAGAUCGUUGGCUGGAUGUGUCCUCAGUGUGCAGGCGUCUUCUUCCUUCAUCCCCGUGGCUGGUGGUCUUGGUCUGUCGUCCCAGGGGGGCGCCACCUUCUACGUGUUCCUUGGCGCGGCGCCCCUGGGGUCAGAGUCCACCUUCGGAAGCGGAUUUGGUCACCCUGGGGAACCUCAAAGCAAAGUUGCCACUGCGGUCGAGCGAGGCUUUGGUGCCGGAUUUGCCGAGGGGCUUUACUUGAUGGUGGCCGGCCCUUAA